AUCAAGGUGAAGAAAUGUGAAAAUUAAUCUUAUCGAUUUCUCCGAAAAGGUUGGAUGUUUGCAUUGACGGUCUUGGCGUGUUUGUUUGGUUCGCCGAUAAAGUGGACAUCAAUCAAAUCCCAUCUUUUAAGGGUCCGACGAUCGGCUUACUUGACAUCUGUUCUCCUGGUCGUGUAUCGCUGUCUUCGCUGCAAUGGCUCGGCUUUUCUCCCCAGCGCGUAGGAUCGGCCUUGCGCUGGCUGCCGGAUUAUUUCUUUUCACUGUACUAGCUGUUGCCAAAGAAGCGAUCCCCGUCGGAGAGCUGUCAGUAGGGCAGAUAGAGGAUGAAUUGCAGAACUGUCCGCUCGUGGAAUCGCUCAACGAGCACAAGCGCGCCACUAGUCCCCAGACUACCAGCCUGACAGCGAGGAUCUUCUCCGUCCUUUUCCCUGGUAGCCCAGCUGUGAACGCAAUUCUGGCCACCAUAUAUAUUUCCGGACCUCCCAACUUCCUUCUAGCACUAUGCCCACCCAACAUCGACCCCUCAUCCCUGUCUGUCAUGGUCGCUUUCGCCGUGGGCGGCCUACUGGGUGACACGUUAUUCCACCUGCUCCCUGAGAUCUUCCUUGGUGAAGACUCCCCCGACCACGUCCGCUUCGUCAUGGUCGAACCCAACAGGAACCUCCUUCUCGGCCUAGGUAUCAUGGUCGGCUUCUUCACCUUCGUAGCCAUGGACAAGACCCUCCGCAUCGCAACCGGCGGCGAAGGCCACGACCACUCCCACUCCCGCGGCCACAGCCACAGCCACCCCAACGAAUCCAUAGCCGUAACAACCGGCAGCUCCAAGGACGCCCCAUCCGGCGAGCUCAAGCAGCGCAAACCAACUACUACCCACAAGCCCGCCGCAGAGCCCGAAAAGGAGAUCAACCCCAGCGUCAAACUAGGCGGCUACCUCAACCUCAUCGCCGACUUCACCCACAACAUCACCGACGGCCUGGCCAUGUCCUCGUCCUUCUACGCAUCCCCCACAAUCGGCGCAACAACGACCGUCGCCGUCUUCUUCCACGAAAUUCCCCACGAAGUAGGCGACUUCGCCCUACUCAUCCAGUCCGGCUUCUCCAAGAAGAAGGCCAUGGGCGCACAGUUCGUCACCGCCAUCGGCGCGUUCCUGGGCACGUUUAUCGGAAUCGCCGUGCAGGAGCUUGGCGGUGGUCAUGGCUCUGCAGCUGUUGAGGGCACCGCGGCGCAAGGUCUCUGGGGUACCAGUCUGAUGUGGGGGGACAUGCUUCUGCCGUUUACGGCCGGAACGUUCCUUUACGUGGGGACAGUGUCGGUUAUCCCAGAGUUGUUGGAGACGGGCAAGGACAAGAAGGUCGAGAUUAAGAAGACUAUUGUGCAGUUUUUGGCUGUUGCGCUUGGGGCGGGGAUAAUGCUUGCUAUCUCCUGGGACUAGGCAAAAUCGUGAUCCCCAUCGUUGGAUUCACAGUCAACACUCUUCUUCCUCGAAAAUCGGAACCUAACCUACAUCUUCCCCUCCCGGACUGCACCCAAUCUAUUAAAAGAUAUUUAUCCAUCUGCAUCCCAGUAUGAAAGCUAUAUCGCACGUAUGUAUGUAUGUAUGUAUGUAAUGGAAUCUAAAAUAAUAUCAAUUGCGCCUCGUGCAAUACAUAGACGAAGACA